AUGACAAAAGAGACAAGUCAGCCAAAAGCUGUUAAUAUCAUUCGGCCAACUAGUGGCAACAACAACAACCACAUUCUAUACAACAGUCUUAGUCAUAGUAGCAGUGGAAGCACAACAAGCACAAAUUCAAGACGCACAGGCUCUCUACUAUCUGCUACAUCCACAAACAGUGCUCGUAAACCAAGAGUGGCGGGUACAUCUAUAGUGAAGUCAUCCAUGGAGAAGCCCAUCUUGAAUCUAUACCAUCCUCCCUCAAGAAAACCAUCGUACGAUAAUAAUACCAUCAACAACAAUAGUAAAAGACCGACCAUAGAAUUAUACAAACCACCUUCUCAACAGCAGAAAAUGACCAAGUCUUUUACUGCACCUUCUUUGACAUUACCGAAUGAAUCCAAGAUACACACUAGCAGCAAUAACAUGUAUUACAAUAGACCUAUAUCACCAUCCUAUAUUAGACCACAGCAAGGACAACAACAAGCACAGCAACCACAGCAAUACCAUCGCUCGGUAAUAGGCGUGAUAAACACGCCUGUGGCAGCAGCUUCGCCUGCUACGGCAGCAAUCCAAACCUCUCCCUCCGACAUUGCAAACAAAUCGACAUCAUCCCCACUCACCAUAGACAAUCAUCAGAAACCAGAAGAAUUGAAUUUAGCUAUUAGUAAAUAUCUGGAUCAAGAUCGGAAUGCAUUAGCAGAUGAUCUUGUUCUUGAGGAUCAAAAAGCAGAAAACGAUGAAAUCAUUGAAAUGGGAGAUGACGAAGAGUACAAUGACGAUGGAGAUGAAGGAGAGGAGGACGAGGACGAGGAUGAAGAAGAAGAGCCCAUCAUAAACGAGGCACGAGUUAAUAGAAAGAUUGCAGAUUUGGAACUAUCCAUCAACUCUUUAUUGACGGUCAAUGCUAUGCUCGAGGCAACCGUCAGAAAACAAGCGUUGCAAUUAAGCCAAAUUAAAAAGCAACAAUCAUCAGGUGAUGGUGGAAUAGCUCAUAUUGAUUUUUUACUGGAUUCUCAUCAUCAUCAUGAGGAGGCGACGGAUCAGACGGAUCAGGAAGACGAUGAAGAUGAUUGGGAAAACGAUGUCUUGUUUCAAAAGCUGCGUAGAGUGACAGAGCAUAUGAUUGAGCAGGGGCAGAAAUCAAUUGAUUUCGAGUACAAAAUCUUGGGAAGGGUCUUGUCGAAUUAUAAUGCCAUGGACGACGACGCUGAGGACGAGGAUGAGGAGGGAGACGAUGAUGGUAAUGAAGAGGGAGAAGGCUCUGGAAAACCAACCGAAACUGUCUCUAAUCAAGGUACGACAAACAACGGCAUUGUGGCAGAGGAAAGGACCAAUUCAAAUGCAGAUAUCAAGGCACCAUCACCACUCAUCAGAAACAACACUUUUGAAUCCAACAACCAUACCAGUAAAAAAGCAACUUCCUCGAUACCAAGAAAUGCCAGUAAACUCACUAGAAAAAAGACAGCACCAAAAAGUCAAAACACUCAUAUAUCCACAUAA